AUUCUCCGUUCCGCGAUGUAGGUUGCUGGAAGAUAAUUUUUCAAUAGGCACAAUAAAUACAGUUCACCUUUACCAUACCCAAGCCGACAAUAUCUAAAAACAGUGGGUAGGGCCAUUGUACAACAGGGCACGCGACCACUAAAGUUAUAAGUGAAAUAGGUUAUUUCAGUUUGGGCCCAGUGAACAACAAACGCUUAUCAAGCAAAAAUAUCAUUAUAAUUUGCAAAAUAAUCAAUCAGGAUGGGUGUACCUAAGUUCUUCAGGUACACAAGUGAAAGGUACCCCUGCCUCAAUGAGCUGGUGAAGCAGUAUCAGAUACCAGAUUUUGACAACAUGUAUUUGGACAUGAAUGGAAUUAUUCACAACUGUUCCCACCCUGACGACUCAAAUCCACAUUUCCGUAUAACAGAAAAGAAGAUAUUUGAAGAUAUUUUUCAUUACUUAAGCAUACUGUUUCAAAUUAUUAAGCCUAAGAAAUUGUUCUUUAUGGCUAUUGACGGCGUUGCUCCUAGAGCAAAGAUGAACCAACAGAGGGGCAGAAGGUUUAGAUCGGCAAGAGAGGCAGAGAAGUUAGAAGAAGAAGCUAGAAACAAAGGCGAAACACUGCCAACGGAGAAACGCUUCGACAGCAACUGCAUUACGCCGGGAACCGUGUUCAUGGCCCGCCUGCACGAACAGCUCAAGUACUUUAUUAAGUCCAAAAUAUCCACCGACCCUUUGUGGGCCAAAGUUAAGGUCAUACUCUCUGGACAUGAGACGCCCGGAGAAGGUGAGCAUAAGAUCAUGGACUACAUUAGAUGGUCGCGCUCACAACCUGACUAUGAUCCUAACACGAGACACUGUCUCUAUGGAUUGGAUGCUGAUCUCAUCAUGUUGGGGAUGUGCACACAUGAACCCCACUUCGCACUGCUCAGAGAAGAGGUGAAAUUUGGUAAAAGUACAAAUCGUGCGACAAGCCCAGAAGAGACUAAUUUCUACCUCCUACAUUUAUCUUUAUUAAGAGAAUAUUUAGAACAAGAGUUUAUAUCUAUUAAGGACAAGUUGCCCUUCGAAUAUGACUUGGAGAAGAUUGUCGAUGACUGGGUGCUUAUGGGAUUCUUAGUGGGCAAUGAUUUUAUACCCAAUUUGCCCAAUAUGCAUAUAAGUAAUGAUGCCCUGCCCGUCCUCUAUAAUACUUACAUGACUGUGCUGCCUACUUUAGAUGGUUAUAUAAAUGAGUCUGGAGAUCUGAAUUUGAAGAGGUUCGAGGUAUUUAUGCAGGAACUUGCCAAGAUUGACAUGGAGAAGUUCCAGGACACAUAUGCUGACCUCAAAUAUUUUGAAGCUAAGACUGGCAGGAGGCCUAAUGCUAAUGAAAGAAAAGAUUACAAGCCAAAUAAUGACGAGACGUUCAACGUGAACGUUGAGGAUAUCAAAGCGAAUAAACCUGAUGACGAGCUCCAAGCACUGAUCAAUGCGACAGAGGACAUGUUUAUGGACGAUAUGGAAAUUGAGAAUGAAGAUGAAUAUGAAGAAACUAGUGACGAGGAAGCGAAUAUGGCAAUGGAAUUUAUACUACAUAAGAAGGAUUAUUAUAUGAACAAAUUAGACUAUUCAAAAGUCACAGAUGAAGUGUUAGCUGACCAAGCGGAAGGCUAUGUACGGGCCAUACAAUGGAACCUGUACUAUUAUUACAAGGGAUGCCCGUCUUGGUGUUGGUACUACCCACACCAUUACGCACCCUAUAUAUCAGAUAUUAAAGGGUUCGCAGAUUUAAAAAUUGAGUUCGAACUCGGAGAACCCUUCAAACCUUUUGAGCAGCUCCUAGCAGUGUUACCGGCAGCAAGUAAGCAACUGUUACCAGCUCCGUUCCACGCUCUAAUGACGGACGAGGACUCCCCCAUAGUACACUAUUACCCCAUCAACUUUGAAACCGAUCUCAACGGGAAGAGAAACGACUGGGAAGCGGUCGUACUCAUACCGUUUAUAGAUGAGACCAAUCUUCUGUCAGCGAUGGAGCCCUGUUAUCAGAGAUUGACGGAAGAAGAAAAGAGUCGGAAUACACAUGGGCCUAUGUUAGUUUACAACUGGACUGCUCAAAACCAAGGUGUUCUAAUAGCGCCUCUGCAUUUCGACCCGAUCGCGGAAUGCCACGCUACAGAAACUAAAGUUUGGAGACAAGAGCUUGAAGUUCCCGGCAGCAUGUUGAAGAGGGGCAUGCUACCCAAUGCUAAGAGGGAUAUGCUGUUCCCUGGCUUCCCUACAAUGAGGCAUCUUAAAUAUAAGACAAGUAUCAAAAAGGGUAAAGUAAAAGUUUUCGAUCAACCGUCUCGGAAUGAAAAUAUGAUAGUAGAGUUAAUAAGAGAGUCUGAGAAAGAAGAUCCUAUCACAGAAGUUGCGAAGAAAAUGCUAGGAAAAGUUAUAUGGGCCGGAUGGCCACAUCUCACCAGAGCUAAAGUAAUAUCAGUGUCGAAUGAGAAGAUGAGACUACACCACGUCGACCAACAGAAUAACAACGUGGACGGCACGCCCAACUACUCGACGGAGCCCAACAAUGGGAAUCUACAUAAGCAGUGGAUCAGUGAGCGAUCGACCAUCAUUGAACACAAUAUGAAUCGGCUCGGCAUUGAAUUGGGCGACGUGACCACCAUCAUACACGCAGUCAAUUUGAAAGGUUUCAAAUACAUGAUCCAAGACAACGUGAAUAUGGUUCAGGAGCCGGAGUGGUGCAGCGUCCCAUGCGGGUACGCCUUGCAGGCCGUCGUUACUGACGUACGCGCGCAUAUAAUUCAGGAAGGAGGCCGCUUUAGUACGCCUCAGGAGGCCUAUCCUACCGGGGACUCUGUUUUCCUCCUCACACAGGGACAACACUAUGGAGCUCAUGCUACUGUGGUGGACUCGGAGUGUAUCCGCAGCGGGCGCAUCAAGGUGGCCGUGCGGGAGCGGCCGCAGCCUGCGCCGCGACCACACCCCGCCGCCGCACCAUACCGCGCCGCCAACCAUGCCGCCGCCGCGUGCGGUUUAUCAGCACAGUUGCUGUCUCGUAUAACGGGCACGGUGCUACUAGUCGCAGGGGAGCGACACAACAUGCCUACAGAACAACUCAACAAAAUUAACAUCGGACUCAAUUUGAAGUUUAAUAAAAAGAACCUAGAAGUAGCAGGCUACACGCGUCGCUGCAAGGUAACGAAUGCGUGGCUGUACUCCGAGCGUUGUAUAGAGCUGGUGCAAGCGUACGAGAAGCAGUUCCCCGAGGUCUUUGACUGUCUCGGCUCUGGACAGCAUAGUAGGGAUGUCUACUUCGAAAGCGAUAUCUACCCGCAGGAUCUUGGAAAGAACAAAGCGCAAGAUAUAGCUCAAUGGAUAAAGGCCCAGCCGCACUCCCGCGCCGCGCGCCGCGAAUGUGGCUCCGAGGCUUUGGAGCCGGAGGAAAUGAAGGCUCUGGCUGACGACCUCGACAAACAGAUCGCAGCACUCAAGGAGAAGGAGAAGAAAGUCACUCUGCAGGUCAAAUGGAACUUAUUAUACAAGCCGGAGUUACACAGCGGCAACCUGUGCCCGGACCCGAGGGCGGACUUCCGCCUGUACGACCGCGUGGUGUGCGUGGCGGCGCACGUGACGGCCCCGCUGGCCGCCGCCGGCACCGUCGUCGCCGUCAUCGCGCCCGCCGCCGCCAACACUGUCCGCCUCUCCGACAAACUCAACGCUGACAAUUCCUACCUCGUCAUGUUUGAUGAGCCCUUCCCCGGAGCUAUGACUGAGGACCUCUUCGACCAGCCGCGUUUCUAUAGAAUGACCCCGAACAACAUGUUGAACCUAUCAUACGGCCGCAAGCUCCGCAACGCAGCGCCCCCGGUAAUCCCGCAAGACAGUUUCCUGCAACAGAAGCAACAAAAGCAACAAACGCCCAACAUACUACGUCGGGAGGACGGACAUCAUUCAGCAUUUGCUAACUAUAGCCCGCCUGGAGACAAGGCAGUGUCGCCGGAUAGCCGAAACCAUAACACUUCUGUUGCGAGCAACGGAUCACCCGGAGGGAAUAGCGCCACAGAUCUACUGAAAAGUCUUCUCAAAAUCAGCGACGAUCCUGAAGCUAAGAAAAGCAAGGAUACGACGCCUGAACAUACUCGCAACUGGCGAGCGAAGAGCGACAAUAAUCAGCCGACUGCGGUCUAUCCUCAACAGAGGGGUCCGCCGCCGCCUCAGAAUUGGCGCAAGGAGAAUGCGUCGCUCGGCAACAACAACCGACAACCUGUCUUCUCUAAUUAUAAGAAUCAGGCGCCCCUCCCGCCGUACCCGACGUUCGGGCAACCGUACCAAGGUCCAGGUCCAAGCCAGAUCCCGUUCCCCCAGUUCCAAAACCCACACUUCCAACAACGCAACCAAUCUUACAACAUGCCACGAAACCAAGGCCCACAUAACAGAAGCUUCGAACAACCCCAUAAUCGGAGUUUUGAACAACCACAUAACAGAAGUUUCGACCAACCUCAUAAUCGCAGUUUCGAGCAACCACAGAACUUCCCCAAACAUUUGCCCAGCGUUGGAGCUGUUGGACCCAAUAUUACUUUAGGGCCAAGUUGGAACCAACCCAACAAUCCAGCUAAUUCACAGAAUAUGAGGUCACCGAACGCCAACAGGCCUCUCCCACAAACCGGCAACGACAAAGUCAGCAAUCCAUUUGUACCGCUACAAGUUCAAACCAGACGCGUCUCUCACCCUGGUGGCUCGUUAAGUAGGCAGGACUCCAGCCAAUCGUCCUCGCAGAAGUCCACAUUACCUAAGCCGCAGCCCACUACCGCACCGAUAAACCAACAGAACCAAGGCCAAACGUCGAAACCAACGAAAAAGAAGAAGAAACCAAGAAUAGCAGCCAACCUGCCGUUCCAAAUGGACUAAAGCUACUUCUAGUUAUAAGACAGAUUACAUAGGGUGUUGACUUACCGCCGGCCGUUCUUGACUUGCAUGAAACAUGUCAAAAUUUAAAACCAAAAAAGUAGAAAAAGCCUUCCUUGACCCACAAUUUAUAGCAAUUUUAUUAUGGCAUUUUGUCAUUAGUAUCUUUUGUCAAAUAUUAUUGAAAAAUAAUACUUAUAUAACUAAACAGAAUUGAGGAAUAAUACUUAGCUUAAGAUCAUACGCGAAUGUCUCACUUUGACUUUUUGUCAUUUUGUAGGUUAGAGAUGAAUGUAUGAAUGUAUACACACUAGGCGAACGAAUAAUAAUGUUUUCUAUUAUUGUCUACGUCGACGCGGAUUCUAUUUCUAGCUGUACUAAUUUGAUAAAAUCAUAAAUAAGGAUACAGGCCGGUAAGUCAUCACCCUUAUAACAAUUGUGACCUCUGCCCAUGGUGUAGGCAGUGUUCCUAAAUAUUAUUUUUUUAUUAAUUUUAAUUUAGGUUUAGGUAGCAAAACGUACCUAUUGACAUAUCAAAUGGGAACCUAAAACCUCCAAGAGAGAUGUGACAAUGUCUACAAACUUGUUACUCCUGGUUUCUGAAAGGUCGAUUCAAUAAGCAUGAUAAAAUAAUUAGUUCUAUGUUCUAAUAAAUCUGUUAAAUUUGAAAGAUUAAUAUAACUUAAUUAACUUAUUGUCUAGAUCGUCACGCCAUCUUUUCCGGGGCCUACCUCGCCUGCGGCUUCCAUCCUGAGGUGUCCACUGGGUGACAAUAGUGGCCCAUCUCUCUGGAUGCAUUCGGCUGACGUGUCCGGCCCAGUCCCAUUUUAAUUUUGCCGCCUUUUGGCCCACAUCAGCGACUCCUGUUUUGGAACGUAUCACGGUAUUCCGUAUGCGAUCGGUCCGUUUUAUGCCCAACAGGCUACGUUCCAUUGCCCUUUGGCAAACCCGGAGCCCGGACUUCUGACACUCGGUGAGAGACCAAGUUUGCGCACCGUAGGUUAGGACAGGCAAGAUACACAUGUCGACUAAUUUUCGCUUGAGUGAAAGGGGAAGGUCCCCUUUCAUAUAUUGCUUUAUGGACCAGUAGCAUUUCCAGGCGUUCUCGAUACGGCGAUCUAUUUCCUUCUCCUGCCUGUUAUCGAAAGAAACUAACUGGCCCAAGUAGAUGUACUCCUCGACAUAGUGUAGAGCUUGCCCAUCUACCUCGAUCCUAUGUUUCGUGCUGUUGGUCAUAGCUUGUGUCUUGCUCAUGUUCAUUUGAAGCCCAACCUCCAGGCUUGCCCUGCUCAGAUCUUGGAGCAUUUGUUGGAGCUCUGCUGAUGUAGACGCGAAAAGAACGAUGUCGUCAGCAAACCGCAAGUUGGUCAGUCUUUUACUACCGAUGACGAUGCCUUUAGAUGUCCACGACAGAGUGAGUUUCCUGAACACUUCCUCCAGUGUACAGGUAAACAGAUUAGGAGAGAGUGGAUCGCCCUGUUUUACGCCUUUUUCUAUGUAAAAUGGUGGGCCAGUGGAAAGCAGUUUAAUUGAAGCUGUGCUGGCUCUGUAGACCAACUCCAAAAGCUUUAUAUAGGUCUCAUUUAUAUUUUGUGAGCGUAAAGAUGUAAAGAUCGCUGUGUGUUUGAGACUGUCAAAAGCCCUAGAGUAAUCCACAAAAGCCAGGUAUAACGGUUUAUGAUAUUCGUUAUAUUUUUCUAUUAUUUGGUUGAGCGUAAAUAGAUGGUCGGUUGUGGAGAAGGAUGGGCGAAAUCCAGCCUGUUCGACUGGCUGAUGUUUGUCUAGUUGAAAUCUGAUGCGGUUAUGAAUAAUUUUAAUAAAGAGCUUAUACAGAUGGGAGAUUAGGCUUAUGGGUCGAUAGUUAUUGAUUUCGGUCUUGUCACCUUUUUUAUGCAGAAGAAUUAUGUUGGAGUGGGCAAAUUGUUUUGGUAUCUGACCAGAAAAUAAAAUGGAGUUGAAAAGAUUCGUGAUAUAGGGUGUUAAAGUGUUUUUGCAUAAUUUAAGUAUCUCAGUACUGAUGCCAUCUUCUCCAGGGCUCUUGUUGUAUUUUAAGCUUUUAAAAGCUAAAUCAAUUUCGCCACUUCUGAUGGGAGGGAUAGCAUCCGGGCAGAGAUAAUCGAUAGGUUCAGAAGGUCGCGAUGGAUCUGUGUAUAAAGUUUUGUAAAAUCGUCGAGACUGGUGGACACGGUCGAAGGAUCGGGAGGUGUGGAAGCGAGAUGGGGAGGCCUUUGCCCAGCAGUGGGACAAUAUAGGCUAGUAAAAAAAAAAAAAAAAAAAAAAAAACUUAUUGUGUUAAAAUUUGCUCACUAUUCAAUUGUAUUUUUGUUUAAAUAGCUCAAUUUUUGAAUUCACAAUCGAAAGAUGUUUCGAUUUAAUUCGUAAUCAAUUGACCCUGUGCAUCGUUCUAUACGACUACUCCCAUUGGAAUAAAUACUUGUAUAAUUAUUUAAGGGGAUGUGUAUAUAAGUGUGAAUUUCUUGUGUAUAAGGGUAAAGGAUCCUAAUACUUAAUGCAUAAUUUUUGAAUGACGUGGAUCCCUUUCAGAAAUUCGGAUUCGAUUUAUUUGAUAAUAAAUAAUUUAAGUUUUUUUAUGAUAAAAUGUAUUUUAUUAAUUGGACGUUGAAGCCUGCACUAAGACUGGGCUCAAUCUGUAAAGUGUGACUUUGAACUGAGCUUAAGAUUGAAAAGGAAAGAAAAAACAGGAAAAACAAAUUUCCGAGGUAAGAAUUUAAAGUUUGGUACAUAUUAAUUAAAACAUUAAUGUAAUGAAAUCUUGUAAAUGUUGUAAAUAAUAUGAAGUUAUAAGAAUCUGUAAUGAAUGGGUGUGAUCAAUUUGUUUUAAUGUAAUAAAAAUGAGUAUACGUUCUGGUUGCAGCCAGGCUAAAAGUAUUAUCUUUUCGAAAAUUAUCAUUAAAUGUACAAGUGAUAUAUUUGGCGCAAAUUUCGACAAAUAUGUUUGGAAUGUUAAACGUACUUUCAUUCAGCUUAGUUAUUUAUUUGGUAUGUAUGUAAGAAAUUAAACUUUAUUUCAGUAUAGAGACAGUAAGUAAUGUUAUACUAAAUUUCAUAUUUUCGACAAAUUUUCCAAACAUGACUUGUUUAAGUAAAACUAAUGGUUAUUGUCGCUGUGCCGAGUCCUUAUUUUAUUUUCUUACCUGCAUACUAAAUUACGGAGCUGACUAACAGAACGGCAACAUAUACAUAGUUCCUCCAUUUUCCACCUUAUAGUAAGGUUUGCCCGCGUCAUAGACGUUACCAACAAUUUAAUUAUUUUCCGCUCGCUCGACUACAGAGAGAAUAUUUUUCUACACUCACGUGUUUUCUUCCAAGUCCUUCUAUUUAUACGGGGAAGGCAGGUGAUUAUGAUUUUGAUACUAAAGGACUGUUUUAAAGUCUACUGCCGACUUGAGACAAUAAAAAAUAUAUUCUAUGUCGCUUACGCUUACGUCGUUGUGAAAACUUUUGUUGUUGUAUUCUGUGCAAUUCGAUAUAACUUAUCCAAUUAUUAUUAUUUAUUUAAGCAAAAAUAUGCUUUAUAACGGUCACGCGCACCCAAAAUCUAUUUUCUAGUCUUGCCAUUCUCAUACGCAGUAACAAAGUGUGAAGAUGAAUAAAUGAUUUAAUGUUUUCACAAUUCAACGCCUUUGUUGAUGAAUGAAAUGACUUGAUGAGUUAACGUUGACUAUUAUUAUUGUAAUCGCGAGGUGAAACAACUCUAGGCUUAAUUGCACGUUGCAAAUGACAACUGUCAAUGUUUUUUUUAUUUUUAUUACAAUUAUUUAUUUCUGCGUAUUUUGGUUCCUUGUCGCCUUGGCGAAGGUCAUAAGGGCGUCAUUUGUUGACGCAAAUAGUGUUAAAAUGUUGAGAAAAUAUUUUUUUUUUUACAUAAAGACGUUUUUCGCUUGACUUCUCUCGAGUCGUAUUUUUGCUCAUCAAAUCUUGGGAGAGAGGUGUCAACCAGAUCACUAUAACUUUCAUCCAUAACAUAGUUCACUAGUUUCCCUUGAAAUUGGCGGCCAAGAUCAAUUCUCUCAAUAUUAUAACACAAGAUUAGUUGCCAAUAAUAAGUUGCCGAUCCUCUUUGGUCGAGUAUAUUUCUUAUAAGAAACCAAUGGUGCUGCAAUAUUUCUUUUAAACCCUGCCUUCCUCUAUAAAAACCUCAGUUCAACUUCCACAUGUACACUUGAAUAGUACAAAGUACUUAGAACUACGAAUAAAUAUAUUUUUCUCAUGUAUAAAAUUGUUCCCGAUACCCCAUACUUUUAAAUUGUAGUUGCAAUGCAAUAGACAGAUAAUAAUUGUCAUGCAUGAAUAUUCCAAUUGGAAGUACCUAGCGUAUUAAAUACAAUAAUAUAAACUAUACGUUUUCAGUCUAAUCAAAGAAUUUUUAACUCUAUUAUAUUUCGUCUUGUAAAGGGUUUUUAAUUCCCAAAGUUGGUUCUACUGGUUAGAGUUCAAUUUUGUUUAAAUUAAGUUUAUGGUUUAGUGUCAAAUAUUAAAAAAAUACUGAUUUGGAUUACUUUCAGAUACAUUUUGUAUGAUA